AUGUAAGUUCCAGGAACAAAAGCAUCAUAAAGAGAUAAAGAGGAUGAUUAAAAGAAGUUUGCAGAGAGAUAGCUAAACAGGAAACUAGACUUCUUAAAGCUUAGAGAACCCUGUGAUUUCCCUAAUGUCAAAUAUGAAGUGACAGACUCAGAUUUUGUAGAUCUGGUUACUGAAUUGCAAAGUGUAUACAACACAGUUCAUGGCUUGAACAGCAUGCUCUUCAAAUAUCAAUAGGCUGCUUAGAAUUUGAUGAGUGCAAAUUAAGGAUUAGGCUAGUAAGCUCAGAAAGCCUAUUCUCAAAGUCACUCUUUCUAUGAGACAGGCUAAUGUGUCUCUAAAUCACAUGAUGAAAACCUGCCAAUUUAUAAGUCAUUUAUCGUGAGACUUGAGGAAGUAUACAAAGAAUUCACAGUUUUCUUUGUGAAAUUCGAUGCACUUUACUCUAAAUUAAAUACUAGGGAUGAAGCUUUUGAGAAGUUUAAGCACUAUUACAGGAAGCUAGAGAAUAUGAAUUAGGAUAGGAAUUUCAUGAUAAAGAAAGGGAUACAAGACUCAAUUACUGAUGCUAAAGAUUUGGAGGUUAUAGCAAGAGUAAGUUCAUAUUGCUUAAUCUCUUUGUAGAAUGAAAAGAAGUAUGCAGCUUCUUACUAGGAAUUUCUUAGGCUGAACAAGCCUAUGUACUUAGAAAUUUAAGAUUUGGUCUAUCAAAAGUACACAAAGGUAACUCCAAUUGCUAUGAAAUUUAUCAAGGAGGCUAGCUCAUUCUUUGCUCAGAUGAGUUCAAAUUACUCUGGUUUAAGGAAGAAAUGCAGAGCUACUUAUGAUUAAAUUGAUCCUUUGGAUGAUUAUUAAGCACCUGAGGAGUCUAAAUCUACUAAAAAUAUUGUUCCCACUCCUAAAUUUGAGCAGGAGCCUCAUGUGAGAUUUGACUCUCAGCCUCCAAGCCAGCAGCAACAGAACUUUGAUCAAUAUCCUUAGUAAUAAUAGCCAUAAAGUCGUGGGGGAUAUAACGACAUGUAUGAGAGAGCAUAUCAAGAGGAAAUAGCUUCUAAAUAGCAAAAACCAUAUUAAGAAGCAGUUUAUGUUCAGCAUAAAAAGAAUCAACCGCCUUAAUAUGAAGAGGAGUAUUAUAAUACAGGCUAUUAAUAGCCACCUCAAGUAUAAUAAAAGCAAUAGCAGAGGCGUGGUAGAUAAUAAGAUUAUUAUGACGAUGAGUACUACGAUGAUGAGGAGUAUUAUGAAGAACAUCACUAAAAUAGAAAGAAAAAGAAGAAGUCUGGACUUGGAGGUGUAUUAAGUGAUAUGGGAUUUGAUAAAGAAGAGGUAGCAAAGGGCAUCUUUUCAGCAAUAUUCAAAGAUAAAAAGUGA